AUGGCGAAUACUACGCCAUCACUGGCAUUCGGUUUCUACGCUGCGGUGUGCUUUUUCAGUUGGAUCGGUGUGAUUUUCUGUUACCCGGACGUGAAGGGUAUGACGCUAGAGGAUAUCCAGGAGGUCUUUCAGCACAGCUUUAGGGUGCAGUAUGGCCGCGAAUUGCAGAGUGAGUCUAAGUGCAGUGACGAUACUGCGAGACUGAACGUGGGAAUCGCAGAACAGGGUUGCGUGGGGAGUUGGGGUUACACAUAA